AUGGAAAACUUUGUAGCUGUGAUGACUGAUCGGCUGAAGUUAACAAGGCCAAACAAGAGGGUAUUGACGAUCCAAAGUCAUGUUGUUUCUGGGUAUGCUGGUAACAAAUCUGCUGUUUUUCCAUUGCAGGUGAGAUGAUAUUCUAAGUUUUGUCACUUUCAUUUAUAUUUCUUAAAAGUUAACUUUUUAAGCGUAUUUAUGUUUUAGCUACAUGGUUUCGAGACGGAUAUAAUGAAUUCUGUGCAGUUUUCUAAUCAUACUGGUAAGUGAAGGUGAUGGUUUUGAUGAUUGGUUUUGAACUAUAUAUUUAAAAGUUUUUAUUUGAUUUUAAAUCACUUUAUUAAAGUUUUUAUUUUAUUUUUUAUUGUAUUUACUUUAGCCUACAAGAAUGGAGUCAGAGGCAAACGGUUUCACAGCGACGACAUAAAAGAGCUGAUAGAAGGGUUGAAGCUGAAUAGCCUUGAUGAAUACAGUCAUAUAUUAACAGGUAUGUUUGUUGGUUUAUUAUAUUUUUAUCUGAAGGUUGGCUAAUUAGCAAUGCGAAGAAUUUAUCAUAAAUCUUUAUAAUUUUGAGUAAAAUACGAAACAUAUAUUUGUGGCUGUAUAUUUUUAAAACUACAGAAUUAGUAGAAUGCAGUAAAACUCAUAUAUAAAUGAAUAAGCCUUAAAAUUGUUGUAGGCUACUGUGGCGAUCCAGCAUUUCUGAACGAGAUCGGAAACUUUUUGAAGGAGCAAAAACAAAAGAAUCCGGAUUUGUUUUUCGUUUGUGAUCCUGUGCUGGGUGACGAUGGAGUUGGAUAUGUAAGGUUUGAUACUACUGUUUUCUUUUAUUCAUUGUUUACUGGAUUAUUGUUAAAAUUUUAGAAAUUUAAAAAAAUAACGUUUUUUAAGCUUUUUAUUCUUUAAAAUCAACGGUUAUAUGAAUUUCGCUUUUGUAUUUAAAAAACUAAUUUAAAAAAUAAUUUAUAAAUAUUUUUGAAUUGCAGUAUACUCCAAAAGAGUUGAUGGAAGUAUAUCGUGACAAUGUUAUUCAAUAUGCCAAUAUUUUGACGCCAAAUGCUUUUGAGUUGCGGUAUGUUUUGUAAUUUAGCUUUAAUUGGCAAUUAAUUAUUAUCAGCCAGGGAUGUUAGCCAACUAAUUUGCUAUAGCUUUUACCGUUUUCCAUUUCAUCAUACCCUGUUUUAUCUUAAACUUUACUUCACUGUAUCACAAUACGUUACUAUUUAAUAAAACUUUUACGUUCAGAGAACUAUCAGGAAAGGACUGUAAAACAAUACCCGACUACAAAGAAGCAGUGAAAUACAUUCAUGAAAAAUACGGUAUCCCAAUGGUUGUAGUAUCAAGUAAUGUACCUGGUAAAGCAGACCAACUGACAGGACUAACGUCGCAGAAAAUGGCAUCAGGAGAGAUUGAACAACAUUUGUUCAAAGUACCCAAACUACCUCACAGUUAUGUUGGAACUGGUGAUAUCUUCGCAAGCUUGUUGUUAGUGUGGAUUGAAGAUACGAAGGAUUUAAAGGAAUCUGUGGACAAGGCUUUACAGUCAGUUCAAGCUGUUUUGAAACGAACUUACGAGAAGGCUCAUGGUAAGGGAGGUUUUGGGGGUUUUGGACUAAUAAACCUUAUUUUAGCCUCAUCAGACACUCCAACAGCCAAAGAAAAAGAGCUUCAACUAAUCGAAAGCCGGUUCGAUAUUCUUUGUCCUUCAGGGCAUGUUGACUUCGAAAGAAUCUAG